CCCCGGCGACGCGGCGUCUUCAUGGCGGGCUGCCCGUUGUUUGGCUCUGUGGGAGAGCUGAAGCUGGAAAAGAGAUUCCAAUCACUGCUAGUCAGGAGAGAGUGCUCGCUGUUGCUUCUGUUCACUGACCGGAGUUCGGAGCUGAGCCGCCGGAAACCACCGGAGAAUUGGGCCGCUGUGAUCUUAUCCUGCCAUCUGUUGUGCAAUCGAAGCUGCUUCAUUUACAGGGUUUAGGGAAGAGGAAUGGCUACAUUUCAUUCCUCGCAGCCUUUCAUCAGCCCGUCAGCUCAUCCUUCUGGAUAUCAAGGUGCUGAGGGGAUAGGUUCAGCAGCUGGGGACACAGGCUUACCCGUUACCCUUUUAAUUCGGCACCUUCCUGAAGCAAUACCUCAAGACACCCUUUCUAGACUGCUCUCACAUUAUGGUGCAUCGGCAGUUCGUCCUUGCACUUCUGGAAGAUUGAAGAGUUGUGCAUUUGUGGAUUUCGUAAAUGAACCAAUCGCCUAUCAAGCUCAACGUUCACUAAAUGGGCUUAGGUUUCUCGGUAAAGUUUUAAAAGUCGAAAGGGCUAGCAAUCCAAUUAAAGCAAACGAGGUUCAACACAAGGAGGGUCAAUCUACCAAGGAAGUCCAAUCAGAAAGUGGCACCUCAGCCAGUGAUAAAGGCGGAAACUCGAAAACAUCAUUUGUUCCGGCACAGGAACCUAUUGCUCCCAAACUGGGCAUAGAGUAUCCUUUUCCUCCUCACCUUGAGUAUGCUUAUCCUUCUCCGGAUGGAAAUAUUCUCACCAACAUCGUAAAUGCUCUAAUUGCUGUACCACGGUUUUAUACACAGGUGUUGCACUUAAUGAAUAAAAUGAACAUUCCAGCUCCGUUCCGAAUGGCCCUUCCUACUCCACCUCUACCACCAGCUGCACCUGCCCCUCCACCGCUGCCUCCGCCACCACCAGCAUCUACUGCUGCAAAGCCUUCCACAGAAGAUCUAUCUGAAAGAGAAUCAGAAACGGAAUCUUCAGGAGAGGAUGUUGAUGAGAUAGCCAUUGACUCUGAAUCAUCAAGAGUAGCAAGAUCUGGACGUAAGCGUGCAAGAAUAGAAGCUAUUGUUGGUCCUGCAGUCAAUAGGGAUGUCACUCAUGAGGAAGUUGGCGUGAAACCGGCGGCCUUGCUUCCUAAGGAGAUUCCCCUGAUAAAAAAGAACAACCCUGUCUUGCAGAUUAAAAUUGCACCUAAGAGGACAAAGGCUGAGCAGAAUGAUGAUGCGGAAGCUAGAGAAGAGAACGUACCGGAGAAAGAGAAGCUGAACGUGGAAUGGUUCGCAACAGCAGAAGACCUUGAGAGGGGGAAGUUACCAAUGGAAGAAAUUCUCUCUCUCCCUCAGUUUAAGAAUUACACCGCUGGGAAUCCCGCCCCUGUCCUUUACAUAAAGAAUCUGGCGAAAGAUGUAGUACAUGAUGAUUUCUACUUCAUAUUUGGGUCUCUAUUUGCAAGUAUGGAUGAGGCAAAGUCCAAUCUCCAUGUGAAGCUAAUGCAGGAGGGAAGGAUGCGAGGUCAAGCUUUUGUGACAUUUCCGUCAGUUGAACUUGCUCAGACAGCACUGAAUCUCGUGAAUGGCUACGUAUAUAAAGGAAAGCCGAUGAUCAUUCAAUUUGGGCGAAACGCGGCAGCGGCUAAAGUGAAUCCAACAGAUGCACCAUAAUUUGUCUGCAAUGUGAAGGGCUUCCACUUCCCUGCUGUAGAGAUUUAACUCCUACAAGUCCAUUUGGUGAUUUUUCUAUGUUGUAGCUCCUUGGACAAAUUUUGCUAGAAACUAUUCGGUCUUCUCUUAUUCGCUCUUCAACACCCGAUUUCCAUUUUACUCGAGGAAAGCACCCAUUGUAAUUUGUAAAGAGAUCGCGAUGCUCAUGUAAAUUUUUCAAGCGGCAACUGAAAUGUAACUUUAUCAUUUUGAUCUUUCACCGUUCGAGAGUA